GAUUGCCCGCCGCCGGGGGACCCGAGAGCGCCCCUUCCCAGGCGGCCCCUUCCGGCGCCGCGCCUGCCCUCGCCUCGCCCCGCGCCCGCAGCCCGGUCCAGCCUGAGCCAUGGGGCCGGAGCCGCAGUGAGCACCAUGGAGCUGGCGGCCUGGUGCGGCUGGGGGCUCCUCCUCGCCCUCCUGCCCCCCGGAGCCGUGGGCACCCAAGUGUGCACUGGCACAGACAUGAAGCUGCGGCUCCCUGCCAGUCCUGAGACCCACCUGGACAUGCUCCGUCACCUCUACCAGGGCUGUCAGGUGGUACAGGGCAACUUAGAGCUCACCUACCUGCCUGCCAACGCCAGCCUCUCCUUCCUGCAGGACAUCCAGGAAGUCCAGGGAUACAUGCUCAUCGCUCAUAACCAGGUGAGGCACGUCCCACUGCGGAGGCUUCGCAUCGUGAGAGGGACCCAGCUUUUUGAGGACAAGUACGCCCUGGCUGUGCUGGACAACCGAGAUCCUUUGGACAAUGUCACCACCGCCCCAGGCAGGACCCCAGAAGGGCUUCGGGAGCUGCAGCUUCGGAGCCUCACAGAGAUCCUGAAGGGAGGAGUUUUGAUCCGGGGGAACCCUCAGCUCUGCUACCAGGACACGGUUCUGUGGAAGGACGUGUUCCGCAAGAAUAACCAGCUGGCCCCCGUGGAUGUUGACACCAAUCGUUCCCGGGCCUGUCCACCCUGUGCCCCAGCCUGCAAAGACAAUUACUGUUGGGGCGAAGGUCCUGAGGACUGUCAGACCCUGACUGGUACCAUCUGCACCAGUGGCUGUGCCCGAUGCAAGGGCCGGCUGCCCACCGACUGCUGCCAUGAGCAGUGUGCCGCAGGCUGCACGGGUCCCAAGCAUUCUGACUGCCUGGCCUGCCUCCACUUCAACCACAGUGGCAUCUGCGAGCUGCACUGCCCAGCCCUCGUCACCUACAACACAGACACCUUCGAGUCCAUGCCCAACCCUGAGGGUCGCUACACCUUCGGUGCCAGCUGCGUGACCACCUGCCCCUACAACUACCUGUCUACGGAAGUGGGGUCCUGCACGCUGGUCUGUCCCCUGAAUAACCAAGAGGUCACCGCUGAGGACGGAACACAGCGCUGUGAGAAAUGCAGCAAGCCCUGUGCUCGAGUGUGCUAUGGUCUGGGCAUGGAGCACCUUCGAGGGGCCAGGGCCAUCACCAGCGCCAAUAUCCAGGAGUUUGCUGGCUGCAAGAAGAUCUUUGGGAGCCUGUCAUUUUUGCCGGAGAGCUUUGAUGGCAACCCGGCCUCCAGUGUUGCCCCCCUGAAGCCUGAGCAGCUCCGAGUAUUCGAAACCCUGGAGGAGAUCACAGGUUACCUAUACAUUUCAGCAUGGCCAGACAGCCUCCAUGACCUCAGCGUCUUCCAGAACCUUCGCGUCAUUCGGGGACGAAUUCUUCAUGAUGGCGCCUACUCACUGACACUGCAAGGCCUGGGGAUCCGCUCGCUGGGGCUGCGCUCACUGCGGGAACUGGGCAGCGGGCUGGCACUCAUUCACCGGAACACCCAGCUCUGCUUCGUACACACUGUGCCUUGGGACCAGCUCUUCCGGAACCCCCACCAGGCCCUGCUCCACUCUGGGAACCAGCCGGAGGAGGAGUGUGGUCUCAAGGGCUUGGCCUGUAACCCACUGUGUGCCCAAGGGCACUGCUGGGGGCCAGGGCCUACCCAGUGUGUCAACUGCAGCCAGUUCCUUCGGGGCCGGGAGUGUGUGAAGGAGUGUCAAGUGUGGAAGGGGCUCCCCAGGGAGUACGUGAGGGACAGGCACUGUCUGCCGUGCCACCCCGAGUGUCAGCCUCAAAACAGCUCAGAGACCUGCUUUGGCUCGGAGGCUGAUCAGUGUGCGGCCUGCGCCCACUACAAGGACUCCUCCUUCUGUGUGGCUCGCUGCCCCAGUGGUGUGAAACCAGACCUCUCCUACAUGCCCAUCUGGAAGUACCCGGAUGAGGAGGGCAUAUGCCAGGCGUGCCCCAUCAACUGCACGCACUCCUGUGUGGACCUGGAUGAACGAGGCUGCCCAGCAGAGCAGAGAGCCAGCCCGGUGACGUUCACCGUCGUAACUGUGGUGGGCACCCUGUUGUUCCUGGUCAUAGUGGUGGUCGUUGGGAUCCUAAUCAAGCGAAGGCGGCAGAAGAUCCGCAAGUAUACCAUGCGAAGGCUGCUGCAGGAAACUGAGCUAGUGGAGCCGCUGACGCCCAGUGGAGCCAUGCCCAACCAGGCUCAGAUGCGAAUCCUAAAAGAGACGGAGCUGAGGAAGGUGAAGGUGCUUGGAUCGGGAGCCUUCGGCACUGUCUACAAGGGCAUCUGGAUCCCAGAUGGAGAGAAUGUGAAAAUCCCCGUGGCCAUCAAGGUGUUGAGGGAAAACACAUCUCCUAAAGCUAACAAAGAGAUUCUAGAUGAAGCAUAUGUGAUGGCUGGUGUGGGUUCUCCGUACGUGUCCCGCCUCCUGGGCAUCUGCCUGACAUCCACAGUGCAGCUGGUGACACAACUUAUGCCCUAUGGCUGCCUUCUGGACCAUGUCCGAGAACACCGAGGUCGCCUAGGCUCGCAGGACCUGCUCAACUGGUGUGUUCAGAUUGCCAAGGGGAUGAGUUACCUGGAGGACGUUCGGCUUGUGCACAGGGACCUGGCCGCCCGGAAUGUGCUGGUCAAGAGCCCCAACCACGUCAAGAUUACAGACUUCGGGCUGGCACGGCUGCUGGACAUUGAUGAGACAGAAUACCAUGCAGAUGGGGGCAAGGUGCCCAUCAAAUGGAUGGCGCUGGAAUCGAUCCUUAGACGGCGCUUCACUCAUCAGAGCGACGUGUGGAGCUAUGGUGUGACCGUGUGGGAGCUGAUGACUUUUGGGGCCAAACCUUACGAGGGGAUCCCCGCCCGGGAGAUCCCUGAUUUGCUGGAGAAGGGUGAACGCCUGCCUCAGCCCCCCAUCUGCACCAUUGACGUCUACAUGAUAAUGGUCAAAUGUUGGAUGAUUGAUUCCGAAUGCCGCCCGAGGUUCCGGGAGUUGGUAUCAGAGUUCUCCCGCAUGGCGAGGGACCCCCAGCGCUUUGUGGUCAUCCAGAAUGAGGAUUUGGGCCCAUCCAGCCCCUUGGACAGUACCUUCUACCGUUCCCUGCUGGAGGAUGAUGACAUGGGUGAUCUGGUGGAUGCUGAGGAGUACCUGGUACCCCAGCAGGGGUUCUUCUGCCCAGACCCUGCCCCAGGCACCGGAAGUACGGCCCACCGCAGGCACCGCAGUUCGUCCACCAGGAGUGGAGGUGGCGAGCUGACACUGGGCCUGGAGCCCUCGGAAGAAGAGCCCCCCAGGUCUCCACUGGCUCCCUCAGAAGGAGCCGGCUCUGACGUGUUCGAUGGCGGCCUGGCGGUGGCGGCAACCAAAGGGCUGCAGAGCCCCUCCCCGCUUGACCUCAGCCCCCUCCAGCGGUACAGCGAGGAUCCCACCUUACCUCUGCCCCCCGAGACUGAUGGCUACGUUGCUCCCCUGGCCUGCAGCCCCCAGCCCGAGUAUGUGAACCAGCCAGAAGUUCGGCCUCAGCCUCCCUUGACCCCCGAGGGUCCUCUGCCUCCCGUCCGGCCUGCUGGUGCUACUCUAGAGAGACCCAAGACCCUCUCUCCUGGGAAGAAUGGGGUCGUCAAGGACGUUUUUGCCUUUGGGGGUGCUGUGGAGAACCCUGAGUACUUAGCACCCAGAGAAGGCACUGCCUCUCGGCCCCACCCUUCCGCCUUCAGCCCUGCCUUCGACAACCUCUAUUACUGGGACCAGAACCCAUCAGAGCGGGGGUCUCCCCCAAGUACCUUUGAAGGGACCCCUACAGCAGAGAACCCCGAGUACCUGGGCCUGGAUGUGCCAGUGUGAGGUCACAUCAGCAGAGGCCCUGUUGUACCUUCCGAGUGGGGAAGGCCUGACUUGUCUCCAUCACCGCAGAGCGGGAAGAGGGUCCUCUGGCCACAUCACACAUCCAGGACAGCUGGCUAUGCCGGGAACCUGUCCUAAGGAAUCAUCCUUGCUGCUUGAAUCCUGUGGUUAAGAGGGGGCCCUGGCCGGAAGAGACGGCACACUGGACAGCCUCGGAGGACUGCAGACCCCGCCCUGGCAGACUGUAGGGUGCAGUGGGUAUCACUGCUCCUCACCAGGCCCGGCUCUCUUGGUUCUGAGGACUGAGGGAAGCUCAGCCUAGAAGGGAAGAGGCCCCAAGGGACUAUCCUGGAAACAGGACUUAGACAUGUGCACCCCAAGAGGGGGGCUGCACCUGGCAUCCAGACCAAUCUUUGUACAGAGUGUAUUUUGUUGUUUUUACUUUUUUUUUUUUUUUUUUUUAAAGAUGAAAUAAGGACACCGUGGGAGAGUGGAUGUUCUAUGGAGGUUAGGGAGUGGUGUCCCUCUUUCUCUUCGCGGUGAGAUUUGUAAAAUUAGCUGGGCUCCAGCUUAUGUCUGGGAGCGGUUCCAGGCCAGAGCUUACUGCUCACCUGACUCACAGCUGUCCCUGGAGUGAGUGUGUAGAGGUCCUCCAAAAGUUUGAAGUGGUUUGGCGCUGGGGUUGAGGGACUGGGAAGUUGGGAUUCCUUUCUGGGCGCCUUUUGGCACACCGUCAUUCCAAGGCCACCCCCAGAACGAGGUCCUUUCCUCCUAGUGGGAAAGUGGAGUUGGGGGAGGGGCAGGGAGCAUGUCACAUGACUUGUUUUCCUUGCCUUAGAGUGAAGUAUCCAGAACAAGCACACCCACUAGGUGUUAACAGGGCCAGACUGACCCGUGGGCUCCCCUCCAAGGCUGGACAUAAACACACACCAGUUGGCAC